ACGUUCGAAUUCGUUGCGCCCCGAGACAGAGCACUCUGCUCCGCGUUGCGCGAGGUCGCAGAGCAAAUCUCCGUCUGCCCGGACCCGAGGCCGAAGAGAGCGCGAGAGAGCUGGAUAGCAGCGCAUCGAGUCGGUGAGCCGGGCGAGAGUCUUCGCGGGACGGAGCCACGGGCAGCAGCAGCCUUGCCACCCCAACCCACCUUCAUCUGCGCUCUCUCUUUUACCUCGUCGGAAUUUUCGAGGCCCCAAAUCUUUCUGGAGAUAACUCGUCGUUGCCCCGUAGAUUGACGAGUGGGACAUGGCGACCAACCCUAUUGGCAAUCGAAUCUGACUUGGCGACCUGCGUGGUGGCGUAAUUGACGAAAAUUCGAGCGGACUGCCUGUCGUAACGUCGGAAUUCAAUCAAACCCUAGGGCAGAGAGCUCUUCGUGCUCUAUCUGAGGACGGUGCUGCGUGCUGGAGGUCCGGGAGCACGUAAUAAUAUCGAGUACGUGGCCACGCAUGAGUUUGCCUCCACGACUGGCCUGGCCGGGGAGCGAGCGGGAGGUGGAAGAGUAUGUACGACCCUCGGCUCCAGCAUGAGCUAUUCUCGAUCCGAGCCAAGAGUUUCUUGCAAUAAGGUGUGAUUUUAAUUGGGAAGAGGUGCCAAAAUAUGCAGCAUUUUGUGGACCUGCGUAUUGAAGCUUAGUAUGCCUUUUCCGGGCAUUCCUUGUCAUGGGCUCAGUCAUGGAUGAAAAUCACAAUGUUGUUAUCGUCGUAAUAUGAUGUGAUCACACCACAUUAUUUGCUGAGGCAUAUUCCACAGCUGGUUUGAACCUGUGCAAAAUCCUGUUAAAUCCCGCGAGGGAGGUCAGAUUCAACACCAAUUUGCUGCAUUUUCCUGGUUUUCGCGGAACGCAUAUUAUCGGUGUGUGCUUUUGGCAAGAGCCAGAGCCCUAUAUUUUGGGUGGAGUACCAUGCUAGAGAGAGGAUGAUCUCCAGAAGGCCUGAAACAUGGACGAGUGGAGAGGAAACGGAUAAUGAAAAGGCGGAGCAGCCAAUGGCUUCACCACAACAGCAGCACCAGCCCGGAAAGGCUGAGGCUCAGAGGCCUGGGAGCAAUGGCUGGGGAACUUGUGCAGAGUUGCUGUUGGUCAGUGCUGUGAAAAAAUAUGGGGCCCUGAAUUGGAACCUCAUUGCUCUUGAGCUGAAAGCUCGAGCCAUUCUUCUGAACCUCUCCCCUUCUUGUUUCUCGGAAGAGGCAUGUAGGUUCAGAUAUAAUGUUUUGAAGGGGAAGUUUGCUAGUAGCAGCAGCAGUGGUAUCUCCAUGGGGGAGGAUGUGGAUUUAGAUGGAGGUGUUCUAUUCGAGGAGCUAAGGAAGGUCAGAAUGUCCCAUUUGAAGGAAGAACUGCAACAGUACGAUUCCACUAUCGGUCAACUUCAGACUAGAAUCAGGAAAAUGAAGGAAGAGAGAGCCCAGCUCAAACCUUCCAAGCAGGGCGGUGAAUGUGGCGGCACGGAUGUGCACCCCAAGGCUCCCAGAAAUUCUGAGUCCAAAACUCCCAUGGCUCGUAAAAUCGAUGAGCUCUCGGAGAAGACACCUGGUCAUUCGGGAAAAAAUCACAUGCAGCUUGAGAAUCAUGGAGAAAAUCUCAGCUCCCCUGGCUUUGACGUCGCAAACCGGAAACGUGCUUCAUCAUCUACGUCUCAAGAUCGUCUUCUUCUAGGGAAGGAUGUCCAAUUGGGCUCCACUUCCAAAACUGUUGUCAAGGAUCUUAGUGAUGAUCUACAGCUGGCUGGUGAAUCCUCUACUGGGAGGAGAUCAUCUUUGGGGCAGAGUAAUCAGCAGGCUCCAGGUCUUCAAAGAGAGGCCCUUGUCAAAGCGGAUGAUCCAGCAUGCGUUGAAGGUGAAUUCCGAGCCCCUCCUAGUAAAGAGUUGGAGCAAGGAAAGGAGGAGCUAGAGAGGAAGAACCGGCUUCUAGGGAACUCCAAGCCUUACCAGAUGAGUAGGUCAUCAAGCUUGAAAGGAGAGAAAGACAGAGACAAGGCCAGGAGUAGGGCAACAGGUUCUGACAAACAGGAGGAAGGAGAUUUUACUCAGAGCUCGGGUGGGCAGAGCCUGCAGGUUGAGGCUCCGGGCUCUGAAGCUCCUGAGGCCUUUCCUCCAGCUCCAGAGCCUUCUGGUUCUGGUCAAGCCUCCGAUGGAAGGGAGAGUCUGAAAUCUUCUGGUGCUAAAGCAAUCACCGAUGACAAAGUUAAGAACGAUGUUCUCGUCAAAGCUCACGUUGGGGUGGUCGAGUCGGAUGUUCUUCCCGGGCCUGAUCCUAACGGUAAAGUCUUAGAAGGAGAAGCUAAGGAAGCUCGAGGCAGCAAAGUUGAAUCAGGUCUGAGGAAAGAUCCCGACUCGGCGAAACCUGCAACCAUUAGUUACGGGAGAUCUAUCAGCAAGAACAGAUCCAAGCUGCGUGAUGGUGGACGAUCGCAAGGGCAAGAUUCACGUCUUCUUCCUUGUUCCAAGCCUCACCGGGUUGGGGAGUCCGGUGGACCUCAGGAAGAUGAGAUGAAAGCUAAAAGUAAGUCUCACAUCUCUUCAGAACAGAGGUCUGAGAAGGGUAAAGCAAUUGGCAAUGACCUUGUUCCUUGUGAAAAACUAGACAGCGGAUCGAGCAAGGGAGGAAGCGAGUCAGCUUUAACAACCGACUGUGAAGAGGCUGGGGACAAGGUUGUGGAGUUACGAGACCUUAGUGAUGUGAGAAAGCCUUGCAUCAACAGUAGAAGUGUGGAAUUCAAGGAUGGUAGAGAUGGUAAGAAGUUGACGAACCUCAACAAGGUUGGAGGUGGUAGGGAAAGCAGUGACGAGAGGAGGCCCAUGAGCGCAAACAAAGUCUUGGGUCCGAGAGAAGUCAGCGAAGAGAAAAAGCCUACGAACACUAACAGGGUAUUAGGGGUGAGGGAAGCUGGCGAUGACAAAAAGUCUGUCAACAAGGUGGCGGGUAACAGAGAAGGUGGGGACGAGAAGAAGAACAACAGCACAGGCAAGGCUGGAGAGUACAGGGAACUUGGUGACGGGAAGAAAACUAUGAGCAUCAAUAAGAUUGUUAAUAGGGACCAGAGCGAUGAGAAGAAAGCGGCAGGCUCCAGCAAAGAAUUGAGGGAACAUAACGAGGGGAAGAAGCUCGUGAACAACAGCAAGGCUGUGGAGUCCAAGGAGCUCAUGGAUGGAAAAAAGGCUUCAAGCAGUAAAUUUCUGGAGGCAAGGGAUAUCACCGAUUCGAAGAAGGGGCAGAACAACAAUGUUACAACGGCUGGUGUGGCAGAGUUGAUGGUUGCCGCGAGUCCCGCAGACAGAGCAGCCGAACGCAAUUCCUUAUCGGGUAAUGGGCAGGCAUUGCAUACUUCGCCAGCACCAAGUACACCGAGUGACAGUCCUCCAAAGAUUGUCUCUAUUUUGGGUAACCAAGAUGCGAUUCCUAGCAGGAGGAGGUCUGAGAGUCCACAUGUUUUUCAAGAGGCAAUUUCUGUAAAGGGGUCCAAGAGCCCACAUUCACUUCACGGAGGAUCUAGUGAGCAGAAAGUAGGCACUCACGCGAACUCGUCUCAUAAGUUAAAGAGAUUAGACUCCGGGAAGGCUGUUACAGGUGCUGAAGGGGAACGGAAGAGGAAGGCAGUUCCAAAGCCUUCACCCGAUGUCAAGGGGGAAGGCUGGCCGGUCAAACGACACAUGGAACAGAAGCCAAAGACAAUGGACAUGGAUACUGAUGGUGUGAAGGAACGGAAGUUGGAUCCCAAGCUGAAGAGGAGUAGAUCCAUAACUAAUGAUGUUUCUGACACUCUUUAUAGGAAAGAGAGUGGAGAUGCGCAGGAAGAGUCCAGGGAUUGUCUUGAGAGUGGAGACAGGCAACAAUCGCUCUUGGAUUACGAUAAUAACCAGAUUGAGAAAAGUGAAGUUGGGUCUUCGAUGGAUAGUAUCGAAGACAUGUCGCCUUCAAGUAGGAAAAAUCGGAGAGAGCCUAAAGUGCCAGGGAAGUUCCUUCCUCUUCUGGAAUGCCUAAGGGUCAUUUGUGCUCACAAGUCAGCUCCUCUUUUCAAACAACGGCAGGACUACCAGGAGAAACGCCACUACAACUCAGUGGUCAGGAGACAUGUGGACUUGGGCAUGAUACGCUCUCGGUUGGAAGAGGGAGCGUACUCUGGCAGUGUUGAGUUUUUCCGAGACCUUCUCCUGGUGUUCACCAACGCUUUAGUGUAUAAUAGCAAAGAUUCUCAAGAGUAUUCUGGAGCCAAAGCUUUGCGAAGCUGUGCAUUGGCGGAGAUGGACAAAAUUCUGCAAACUGAAGCUCUGCUGAAACAACAUGGGCCCGCAACACGGAAGCGGGAGGUGAGGAAGUCCAUGGAAAUGCACCGGAAGAGGAUCUCUUUAGGUUUAGGAGCUGAGGCUAGGAAGAAGAGCAACGGGAAGAGUAGCAGUGAAGGAGGAGGAGCAGCAGCUGCAGCAGACAGCCAAGGUGGACAGCAAAGGACUGCACCAAUGGAGGAUAGUCCUAAGGCAGGUGGGUCCUCCGAUGGAAAUGAGGAUGAGCGUGAAGUGGAUGGAAGGUCCGAGACCUUCAAGAAGCUGACUCCAAACCGUGUCGUGAGGGAAGAAAGUGUAAGAAGGGAGGCUCCUAAGACAGAACUAAACAUUGAAGGAAAUAGAAGUAGCCUUCACGUAACAGGCAAAAAACCCAAAGUAGACAGUGCAGCCCAACCUGCCCAAGUCUCUGAAGCGGAAGAAGCAAGACCUUCCAAGGUUGGGCACUUGGACAAUUCUGAGAAUGUGUCGACAAAACUCCCUCCCAAGUUGAAGGAAGUCUCGUGUUUGGACGUAGACAACAAAGGUCCUGGGCUCAAAUCCAUCGGAGCACAUUCAAGGCCACCCCAACCUACAAAGCACGGUUCUGCCACAAGGCCGGGGCACAACCCGACAACUCGCGGGUCUAGAUACUCCAAACGUGCCGGAGAUAGUUCAGGCCCGAAUCCAAAGAAGCGCACUAGGAAAUGAUUUCAAAGGUGUAGAUGUGCUAUAGUCAAAGCUGUUAUCAAUUUAGUUCUUGUAAUUCAUUAUGUAAGUAAACUUUCUGAUCAUAUCCCAAAUGAUCGUGGAAUC